CCCCGGCUUAACCAAGCGCAAUCUGGGGGGUGGUGGCAAAGUUGCCCGCGAAUCCCCGCCGCCCAGGCUGGGGCUGGAAGCCUAGCGCCGCGUCUUCUUGCUUCCCCACCUUGGGUCUGGGGACAUGGCCAGAAGGGCUCUCAAGCUCGCCUCGUGGACCAGCGUGGCUCUCGCUGCCUCUGGCAUCUGCCUCUACAGCAACAAGUACUUGGACCCCAGCGACUUUGGUGCUGUCAGGGUGGGCCGAGCAGUGGCCACGACGGCUGUGAUCAGUUACGACUAUCUUACAUCCCUGAAGAGUGUCCCCUAUGGCUCAGAGGAAUACCUGCAGCUUCGAUCCAAGGUGCACCUCCGCUCUGCCAGGCGCCUCUGUGAGCUCUGCUGUGCCAACCGGGGCACGUUCAUCAAGGUGGGCCAGCACCUGGGGGCUCUGGACUACCUGCUGCCGGAGGAGUACACCAGCACGCUGAAGGUGCUACACAGCCAGGCCCCGCAGAGCAGCAUGAAGGAAGUCCGCCAGGUCAUCCGCGAGGACCUGGGCAAAGAGAUUCAUGAUUUGUUCCUGAGCUUUGAUGACACCCCUCUGGGGGCAGCCUCCCUGGCCCAGGUCCACAAGGCCGUGCUGCGUGACGGGCGGACGGUGGCCGUGAAGGUCCAGCACCCGAAGGUGCAGGCUCAGAGCUCGAAGGACAUUCUUCUGAUGGAGGUGCUUGUCCUGGCUGUGAAGCAGCUGUUUCCAGAGUUCGAGUUCAUGUGGUUGGUGGAUGAAGCCAAGAAGAACCUGCCUUUGGAGUUGGAUUUCCUCAAUGAGGGAAGGAACGCUGAGAAAGUGGCCCAAAUGCUGAAGCACUUUGACUUCUUAAAGGUCCCCCGCAUCUACUGGGAGCUGUCCACCAAGCGGGUGCUUCUGAUGGAGUUUGUGGACGGCGGGCAGGUCAACGACAGACACUACAUGGAGCGGAACAAGAUUGACGUCAACGAGAUCUCACGCCACCUGGGCAGGAUGUACAGCGAGAUGAUCUUUGUCAACGGCUUCGUGCACUGUGACCCCCACCCGGGCAACGUGCUGGUGCGGAAGCAGCCAGAUACGGGAAAGGUGGAGAUUGUCCUGUUGGACCAUGGGCUGUACCAGGCGCUCACCGAAGAGUUCCGCCUGGACUACUGCCGCCUCUGGCAGUCACUGAUCUGGACCGACAUGCAGGGCGUGAGGAAGUACGGCCAGCGCCUGGGAGCCGGCGACCUCUACCCCCUGUUCGCCUGCAUGCUGACAGCCCGGUCCUGGGACGCGGUCAACAGGGGCAUCGGCCAGACUCCCGUCACCGCCACAGAGGACUCAGAGAUCCGCAACCACGCGGCCAACUACCUCCCCCAGAUCAGCCAGCUCCUCAACCGCGUGCCACGCCAGAUGCUGCUCAUCUUCAAGACCAACGACCUGCUGCGGGGCAUCGAGGCCGCCCUGGGCACCCGCGCCAGCGCCAGCUCUUUCCUCAACAUGUCGCGAUGCUGUAUCAAAGCACUGGCCGCGCACAAGAAGCAGAAGACCCGUUCACUCUUCAGAAGGGCCCGGAUCUCUCUCAGGGAGUCCUUCAGCUUAUGGAAGAUCAACCUUCACGAGCUCGUUCUGCACGUGAAGGGGCUGAGGCUCACCGGCUGGGUCCGGGCUCUGCUCUGCUGGCUGCUGCCAGCUUCCCACUGAGUGGACGCGGUGCCCGCUGCCCAGCGGUGGCCCCUGCCGCGGCCAAGGGGUCUCUUCACCCCUCACUCUUCCGUCGUGUCUCCACCCGCUUGCCCCGUUUCUGCCCCAUGGAGCCCCGCGAUCCCUGUCUAUGGCACUGUCAUGCUCCGCCUCUGGAAGUCCUCUCCAGUGAAGCCCGCGUGUCGGGGCCCCAGGCCGCAUCCCGGGAAGGUUUCCGGCCGUUCCCAGAGAAGGCUCGCGGUCUGCUUUCCCGCUGGCCGUCUUUGCCUUUGGGUUGGAUACCUGCCCCACCUGCUUCUGUUCACCUUUCUUGUGCUCAAGAUGGACUACGGAGCCCACCGAGGGCACAUUUAACUCGCCAGACGUUUGGUUUUGCUGCAGAGGGGCGUGGUCCCUGAAGUGCUGGAGAAGAGUUUUCUUUCUUUGUGCCAUCCCUCCCCGGAGGUGCCAACCUUCCUGGGGUGGCUUGGCCCCCGAGCCAGGUUCUGUUGCAGCUGUGAGUUCACGGCUGUUGUGGUGAGCCCUUUUGGUGACUUUAUGUACUGUGAUUCAAUAAAAACCACUUCGGGGCUUCAGGGCAA